UGUAAACAAUGGACCAGCUGAUGACAGAUGACAGACACGAAAUACCCUCCGGGAAAGACAGUACAAAGACAAAAGCAGUGACAAUGACCAAGAUAUUGUGAAUAUAAACAUGAACUAAAUUGCUGAUGACAUGGAAACGAAUGAAAGCCUGGAAUUGAGAUUACUCAAGAAGGUUAUUAAAGAUGGAAACUUUUCUGAGACAAAAAGAUAUAUAACUCAAAAAACAUCAUUGAGUAGCUCAGGUAUUUGUGAAGCCUUCUUUGAAACUAUUAAAUCAAAGCAGCAAAAAAUAUUUGAAUAUUUUGUUGAAGAAGUAGACUUACUAAAUUUAAGGUAUUCAGAUGAGGAAGGCAGGAGAGCCCUUCAUUAUGCAGUAGAAGUUGGUAAUCUGGAUAUGGUUAGGAUACUCAUGAAGCAUGGGGCUCCUUUGAAUUAUUCAGACAACAAAGGGUACCAAGCCAUCCAUAUAGCAACUCAGAAUGGAGACACUGAAAUGUUAAAUUUUUUGAUCAGCCAUGGUGCUAAUGUGUCUAGUGCUAAGACAUUAAAAGAAGGAUACACACCUCUCCAUAUUGCAGCUUUGUGCAAUCAGCCACAGGCUUUAGAGGUACUUGCUGAUGGUGUUGGUUCUUUGAACGUUCAGACCAAGCGUCAGUGUGACUGUUUGACAUCUUUACAUUUAGCUACUAAGAAUGAAUAUGUAGAUAUUGUCAAAAUUCUUUGUGAAAAGGGGGCAUGUUUGGAUUUGGCUAAUUUAGAUGGACGUUCACCGUUACAUUAUGCUGCUGACAGAGGUAAUUUAGAAAUACUCAAAAUUUUAUUAAACCAUGGGGCAUCUAUUAAAAUCAAAGAUUCCAGUAGAAGAAGUAUCUUGCAAUAUGCUGUUUUUUCAAAGUCACCAGAAUGUGUUCAGUUGUUAAUUGACAAAGGAGCUGAUGUGAAUAGUGCUGAUUUAUCAAACCACACACCUUUAGUGUCAGCAGUAACAGUAGGAUCAGCUGAUAUUGUGGAGAUCCUUAUAAAACAUGGGGCUGAUGUAAAUGUAAGGCCAGGCCAUGAGACCCCAUUGCUAUUAGCAGCUUCAUCGGGGAAUAUUGAUGUGGCUAGAAAGCUUAUUUCUGCUGGUGCAAAUCUAAAGGCUGUCAAUCGUACAAGGGAAACAGUGCUACAUAAAUGUCAGAAAGUGCAAAAAGAAAAAAGAGAUCAACUGAUGGAUUUACUAGUACAAUCUGGUGCUGAGCUGAAUGUGGUUGAUGCACAAGGAUUCACACCUUUACAUACAUGUGCAUUCCAAACAGCACUGAAUAACUUUGCUCUGUCUACUCUGAAGAUACUGGUUGAAGCUGGGGCACACUUAUCUAUAAGAGAAAGCUCUGGUGUAGCAUCUCGACACUCUCCACUUUGUAUGUUAGUAUGGACAGGAUAUUUUGAGGCAGGCAAAUAUCUGAUUAACAGUGGAUGGAAUCUUUACCCUGAAACAUGGAUGUAUUUACCAGGGAAAACCCCUGAACAAGACCAGUUUCACCAGUGGAUGAGAGAUAUAUGUAAAGAGCCACCAUCAUUAAUAAGACUAUGCAGAGCUUCCAUAAGGUAUCACUUCAUUAGCAGAUGCACAUUGGGAUGUGAAAUGUUGAGCUCUAUAUCAAAAUUGGAGUUACCUAGGACUUUAAAAGACUAUCUUAUGCUGAAGGAUUAACUCGGUUGUUAUUAUCUUACAAGUUAUAACUAUUGUAAAAAUAAGACUGAUUAUCACUUUUCAAUGUAAACAGUGUAAAACAAAAGCAAAUGUUUAAUCAAAUUAUUGUUCCUUACUUUCACUUUGAAAGAUCAAAAUUUGUUUAAGGUUUGUGACGAGGAAUUUCAUAAUCAAAUUUGUCAUAAUUACUGUAAAUUGUUUUUAAGAAUCAGGUCUGACCCUCUGGAAUUGAGAUCAGCCACUUCGAAGGAUAUUUGGUACAUAUAAUUAAGGUGUAAAUAUUGUAUUUGUCUGUCUGACAAGACUUGUAUCAUAAACUCAUCAUACAUACCAGGAUUAAAUUUUGUAUUUACACCAGACUACAUAAGACUCAUCAUUGAUUCUCUAAUCCAAAAUAGUUAAAAAGGCCAAAUGAAGUUCAGAGUUAAGGACCAAAAUUCCUAAAAGCUACAUUGUAUGCCAAAUACAGCUAAAGUAAUCUAUUCCUGAGGUAGAAAAGCCUUAUUAUUUGAAAAAUUCUAAAUGCUUGUAAAUAGUUAAUUUAUAAAUAUGAUCAUAUCAAUAUAUAAUAAUUCAUGUCAGCACAGAAUAUGGUCUUGACCUCCAGAUAGUCAUUGUGGUUAGCUUAUGAAUCCUUACAAAAAUCAGCAUACAAAAAUAUCCAUGACCUGUCGUGCAACAAGGGUUAUUGAGGAACAAUUAAACCAAAUCCUUAAAAUUUAAUCAUAAGUUUAUUUGACCACUAGUACUGUAUCAUGGAAAUAAGGUAAAAGUCAUAUGGCAGAUAAACAUAUACUUCUAUUUCAAGAUAUCUGAAAUUGAUUUGUUUAUUUGAUCUUGACCUCAGUUUCAGAAUUUUUUGACCUUUUAACUAAUUCAAGUAUUAGAGCAAGAGGGACAUUUUAGUGUGUCCGCUCCUGUUUUUUGUUGCCUUGUCAUAUUUCUUAAAACUCAUAACGUAACAUUGUUAUUCCUUUUGGUGGAAGUUUAUCAAGUACAAUAUAUUACCGAUAUGUAUGAACAAACCUACUUAUUAUGUAACCGAAAAUAGCUUUGCUAUUUACGGUAAAGGUUUGCUUUUUUGUCUUAUAAAUCUUUUAACACCAUUUGUAUUUAUCAAUUUUUUACAUGUUAUUUAUUGAUAUUAAUUUUAUGGCCUAUUGUUUGUUAUCAAUUGCUUGUUAGUGCAUUUUCCUAGUCAGCUUACAUUGAAUUAAUUUUUAUUUCAACUACGCACCAGAAAAAUUGAAAGAUGGUGUCUUUAACUGAAGUGAGGGAAAAACUGUUGCAGAUAGAUUUUUGGGACCAAGUGUACAGUUUGUGAAUAGUGUUGUGGAUUCAUAAUUAUUCAUUGAAUACCAAUUUUCUUGAGUUGGUACAGAUGAACCAUGAAUUUGAAUAUUCAACAAACUUCAAUUUUCUUUAUGAAUGUAUGCAUAAAUCAAAUAUCUAAGAAAAUUUAAUUUCUUCUCAAUCCACGAAAAUUGGUAUCGAAAAAAAGAGUGAAUCCAUAUUAGAUUGGUAAUAUGUUUAAUGCUACAUCAGGGUGUAUUCCUUUAUUCAAGUUGUUGCCUUUUUUAUAUAUAUUUAAUUGAUAAUUCAUACCAAUUUAUUUUAGUUUUCCUUUAUCUUUUAAUGUUUUAUUUAUUUAUUUAUUUAUUCAUUAUAUUAAAAUAUAUAAAACUUUA